GUUUUUCUCAUGCAUUGCGACUAUAUAAGAACCGGUAUGCGUCUUUAUGCAGUCAUUGGGAGAAAAGGGGACUGAAAACUUCAUGCAAAGAUGGCAAGACUAGCUGAUGCUCUGGCGGUGCUAUUUAUUUUCAUAUCAUUAUGGUGGCAUUCAUCAUCGGCAUUACCAACGACAGCAAGUGGCGAAAACUACUUAUGCAACGGGUUAUGUGGGGUCACAAGAAUGCGAUGCUCAUGUACAGAAUUAUGUUUAGAAAAUAAUGACUGCUGCGUGGACUACUUGCGUUCCUGUAGAGUCCACCAUAACUUACAACAUAUGGAUACAACGCAAUGGAAAGAUGAUGUGUGUGCUACUGGGACAGAGAUGAAGUGUUCGGAUAGGUACACGACUCCACCGUUAAUAAUAUUUUCCAUCGAUGGGUUCCUGGCGGAAUAUCUCUACAGGGAAAAGACGCCCACGAUUUGGAAAUUAGCCACUUGCGGCGUCCACGCACCCUAUAUGAGAUCCGUGUACCCGACCAAAACGUUUCCAAAUCAUUACACGAUAGUUACUGGUUUGUAUCCUGAAAGCCAUGGUAUCAUAGAUAACAAGAUGUUUGACAAUGAUUUACAAUUGGAAUUCAAAAGAGGAUCGACCGCUUCGCAACCCCACUGGUGGGGUGGGGAACCGAUUUGGGUUACCGCAAGAAAACAAGGAAAAAAGAGUGCGGCUUACUUUUGGCCUGGCUCAGACGUAAACAUAACAAUGUACCCAAACUAUUACAACACGUAUAACAAAUCAGUUUCACACGAGGAACGAAUUUAUCAAGUUUUAGACUGGCUUGACAUGCCUGAGUCUGAAAGACCUGAGCUGAUCGUUUCCUAUGCCAGUGUUGUGGACCAUGCUGGCCACAAAUAUGGACCAGAUUCGAUUCAAGUAAAUCAAGCGCUGGCGAAAGCAGAUGCGUACGUUAGCAUGCUCAUGGAUGGACUGAAAAUGAGAAAUUUGCACAACUGUGCGAAUGUAAUUGUACUUGCUGAUCACGGCAUGUCUGAUAUUAGCUGUGAUAGAAAGACAAGCAUCGAGGACUACGGCGUGGAUGUGGACACAGUGUAUUUUAGGGAUGGUGCUAUCGGAAAAGUGGGCAGAAGCCACGAUCCUAACUUGGCUGAUUUAUUCGACGCUAAAAGUAUUUACAACCUGCUGAAAUGUUCACACGAAAAAAGCCACUGGCAGGCAUUUCUUAAGAAUCAAUAUCUCCCUAAACGAUUUCAUCACGCAAAUAAUAAUCGAAUAGAAGAAGUGAUACUAGCGAUGGACGACGGUUGGAUUUCGGAAGGACGUAAAGAUACAUUCGAAGAUUGCGACGGAGGAAGUCAUGGAUUCGACAACGAGUUUAGCAGUAUGCACGCACUUUUCGCCAGCCAUGGACCAGGAUUCAAAAGGAAAUUGAACACGACUGAUCCGUUCGAAAACAUUGAGCUGUACAACCUAAUGGCAGAUCUGCUUAAAAUCGACGCUGCUCCAAACAACGGUACAAAAGGAUCCAUUUACCACAUAAUGUCCAAGCCUCAUGAACUGACUUCAGAUAUUGCUGUUAACCUAACUGCAUGCGGUACCCUUGAACCAAAUGCCUACAAGCAACCUUGUACACCGUGCCCGGAUAUAUCGAUUGAAGAAGCAAACGAUCGCCUAUUGAAUUCAUCCAACGACGCAGAAUCACGUAGAGGCAAUACGUUGUAUGGUUUGCCUCAGAACAGCAACGGAAACAUUUUAUCCUGUCUACUAAUCCACGAAGAUUAUAUUAACGAGUACGAUCAAUACUUAAGAACUCCGUUAUACGUGACAUACACAUUAGAUAAAACGGUUUUUUAUGAGCACCCUCUUAACGAAUGUAUUAGACCUGAAGCUAGACUUCCACCGGACAAUACGUACCCUUGUAUUGACUACAACAUGAACAAGGGCGAUGGCACGUCCUAUGCUUUCCUAUACUCACCAGGACUAUCGAAAGGAAUGGCCAUAUACGAUGCAACAGUAGAAACCAAUCUCGUGCCCAUGUAUGAGCCAGCUAAGGAAGUUUGGAAUUACAUGACACAGAUCCUAUCAGAAUGGUCACUAAAAUAUAACGGAAUAAACGUCGUUGCUGGCCCUGUAUUUGAUUACGAUCACGACGGACAUAGAGAUAAUAUGGCUACACUGAAAAGUACUGGGAAAUUUAUUACAAUUGGAGCAACUACAGUACCAGUACCGACCCACUUUUUCCUUGUAAUUUCUCGGUGCGUUCAAAGCGGGCAGAAUACCAACGUGACGUCAUGCGUGACGUCACCACGAGACGUGGAGAUACUAAGUUUCAUAAUUCCGAACUACUCUGAAAUUAUUUGCCACAAACCCGACCAAGCACCUAGCGAUUGGAUACCGAAAACGCUAAAGGAACACGUCGCUCGACUGAGGGAUGUUGAAAUACUGACCGGAUUGUCUUUCCUACCAAAAUGGACGCACGCACAAAACGUCGACCAAGAAACCAGAGUUGAAGCCACGCGUCUGAGGCUCAGAUUGCCACAGUUUGAUAGCCAGUGGAUGAUGGACUUUUUAAAUUACGAAGCCUCAAAGUAAAACAUUUUUCACUGCAUAAAACUUGUAUUAAUAAAACGGGGCCAAAAUGUGUGAGUUUACAAUGAACAAUUAAAACUCCUCCAUCGUUUUUAAGUACUUGUUUUAUAUGAUAUUUUGUUUUAACAUGACGACAAGAUUUUUCUCGAUGGGGUCAAUAGAUUUACAGUUAAACUUGAAAAGGGAAUUUAAACGAAUAAUCGUGCAGCUGUUAUAAUAAAUACAUUGGCCUACGCACUUUCUAAUAAACCGACUGUUAAUUAAUAACACA